AUGCUGCACACGAAGGUGAAAACGGAAAAGCCAGGUAGGGGGGCUCUGAAAACUCUGCCACGAAAGUCAGGGGAAAGCAGCAGGGGGUGAAAGGGCAGGUCAGAAGUGACCUCACCAUUGCAGCCCCACAGCACCCACUGGGCACGAGGUUGGGGACAGCCGCUAUGGAGAAAAAAGAGAUCCUAUGUUGUACUGUAAAGUGGAGGGGGUGGGUAAACGCUUUCUGCCAGAAUAAUGAUUUUCUCCCCUGCGGACCUUCCCCAGAUCUAGAGACGGCCAAUGCUCGAAACCGUCUCGAUGCUGUGCUGCAAUGCCUACUGGAGAAGUCUGAGGUUGAUCGGUAAGUAUUUCCAGGUUCUUUUGGGUUCAGGAGUAGGCAAUGUGUAUGCUUGCAAUUUCUUAUCUACCCUCACCUAGAAGGAAGAGGCCUUAGAUUCCUUGUGGCAUGCUAGUUCCUUCUCCUGCAAGGAGUACAGUGGUACCUCAGGUUAAGUACUUAAUUUGUUCCGGAGGUCCGUUCUUAACCUGAAACUGUUCUUAACCUGAAGCACCACUUUAGCUAAUGGGGCCUCUUCCUGCUGCUGCGCCGCCGCUGCACGAUUUCUGUUCUCAUCCUUUUUUUUUGUUUGUUUUUUUAAAAUAUUUUAUUAAGGAUUUUCUUGUUUUACAGAUGUAAGUGUAAUGCCUCAUAUUUUUUUUCCCCAUGUAACAUUUUUACAAAUCCGUUUCAUUUGUUGAGGCAUUAGGGGGAGAAGGAAAAAAGGAAAAAAGAAAGGGGGUGGAGAGUGGGCAGAUGGAUGGGGGUGGGGUCGGGGGGCGGUGUUUCUAUUCUGUUUAAUGUAUGUAGAGUUUGGUGUCAGCGUUGCUUGUGUUGUUCACUUGUGUUCCUUUGGUGGUGAGAGAGGUUGGGGUUGGCCUAGGGUGUGAUUGUUUGCUUGUGAUUGGCUGUGGUGAUCUUUGUUUUCAUGUGUGAGUGGGGUGGGUGUUUAGGAUCAGGUUAGCCAUAUUGAUUUGUAUGCUAUUGGUGGAUUAUUGUCAUUGUCCUGUUGGGCUGUGUAUGUGAUAAAGGGGAGCCAUACCGGGGUGAAGGUUCGUCUUCUGUUUGUCCCCAUGUCAGCUUCAGUUUAUUAGUUAAUUUUUCUAGUAGGGCUGUUUCCCAUACUAUUUGGUACCAUUGGUCCAUGCUUACUCCUGACAGGUCUCUCCAGUGUCUGGUUAUGGUGUUUCUGGCUGCUGAAAGUAGGUGGGUUAUGAGUUCUUUGUGGUGUAAAUGGGCAUUGUUGUCUUGGAAGAUGUUUAGUAGGGCCAAUUCUGGGGUGAUGUCUAUUACUUGCUUAGUUAUUUUACAUAUUUCUUGUAUGGCUUCUGUUCUCAUCCUGAAGCAAAGUUCUUAACCCGAGGUACUAUUUCUGGGUUAGUGGAGUCUGAAACCUGAAGCGUAUGUAACCCGAGGUACCACUGUAGUUGCUCCAAGAGGUGGGUCCUCAAGUGAGAUGCCAGUUUUCCUCCCUGGACAUGGCUGCUGACAUCCUGUUCUUCCUUUUCCUGACUCAUCUCCGCAGGGAGCAGAUGGAAGAGGACUCUGGGAAGACUCCCUCAGAUGUACUCAGCAAGUAAGACACUCAAGUAUCCCCUAGUUGCCUUCGCUUGCCCUUGAUUGCUGUGCCAUGCCAUAAAAUUUUUAGGUGGGGAGGAGGCUGUUGCCAAGGGCCAGCUCCUAGAUAGCUAUAAUAAUAUUGUAGCUAUGUCUGCCAGCCAGGGAAAACUGGGGUGGGUGGAGGAGAUUCCUGUAUUGAAGUAGAUGACCUGCAACACUAAAAUUCUUUGAUCCUGUGGUCCUGCCACUUUGGAACUAAGCAUUGCCCUUCUAGAUCAGACCAAGGUCCAUUUUGUCUAGUAUCCUGUUUCCGGGAUCUUGGGCAGCAAACAACACCAUUCCCUUUAUUUCUGAUUGUUGGGCUGAAGGUGCCAGAGUUGCCAGAAUGGUACCACCCAUGCACAAAAGUUAGACUUCUAGGCUUGCAGAAGUAAAAUAUAUUUUAAAAACUCCUGUGGCAGUGCAGAAUGGUAAUGACCAAAGCUCAUUGUUUAUUCCCAGCAGUUUAGGGUUGGGUGGAUGAGACUGAUAUUGUAGCCCUACUUACCUGGGAGUAAGCCCCAUUGAAUUCAGUAAAUCCCCUAUGACUGCACAUACUUCCUGUGUUACACCGAAUGUGAACAGGUGGGCAAGACUCUUGCCCAGGCGUAUGUUGAAACUGAGUAAAGGAAAGAUUUCUCCUUUUUCCCCCCUUAGAAGCCCACCUCUGUUGAGAAUCAUGCGUUUAGACAGUUGGCUUUUGUUUCCUGCUUCUUCUCUGGGUUUCUUUCCUUUCUUUUCUCUCCAAAGUGUCUAGGACAGGGGUCAGCAACCUUUUUCAGCCAUGGGCUGGUCCACCAUCCCUCAGACCAUGUGGUGGGCCAGACUAUAUUUUGAAAAAAAAUAUGAACAAAUUCCUAUGCCCCACAAAUAACCCAGAGAUGCAUUUUAAAUAAAAGGACACAUUCUACUCCUGUAAAAACAUGCUGAUUCCCAGACCGUCUGCAGGCUGGAUUGAGAAGGCGAUUGGGCCGCAUCCGGCCCCCAGGCCUUAGGUUGCUUACCCCUGGUCUAGGAGAAUGGAAGGAACCUGUGAAAAUGAGCCCCACAGCUUUGCCCUAAAUAUCCUAAUAGGUUAAGGAUAUAAUAAUUUGCAGAAAAUGAACAAACCUAGCUUAGGUUUUGUGUGUGUGUUUGCCAAGAGGGCUAAUAGAAAAGAUCUUAAUUUGUAAAGUUGCCGUGGGAUAUUUAUUUUUAUGUAAGGGCUUUAAAAAUGGUCCCGACUUCUACUGAAAGUCAUGGGAGAGGAGUGUUCUUGGGGGCCCCCAAACCCUAAGAAUGGUUAAUCCUCUCCUGGGACCAGCUAUCCUGGAGAGUAGGGGUUUUCCCCCCUUUUUCUUGCUGGUGAAGCUAUUGCAUUCUGGGCAAUUCCUAAAUCCUCUUGCUUUGCGGUUUCAGGGACUCUUCUCCUACUGCCACAGGAAAGAGGUAUGGUUCUUUACAGCGUCUUUCCCACCUGUUGAUAACAAUAGCAUGGGAGAUUUCAGAUUUCGCUAUUCUUAGCUCAGUUGGUAGAGCAUGAGACUCUUAAUCUCAGGGUUGUGGGUUCGAGCCCCACACUGGGCAAAAUAUUCCUGCAUUGCAGGGGGUUGGACUAGAUGACCCUCGUGGUCCCUUCUUACAAUUCUGCGAGUCUGUUAUUCCACUGUACUCAUUCACCGGAAAAUGGCAUUUAGAACUAGGCAGUGUGGAUUGGCUUGUUGAUGCUCCUGAACUGGAUUUCAAAUAAUAAAGUUAAGUAAGCCUAUCACUCAAAAUACACCUUCUGGAGGUUCUCUAGCACAGGUCUCUCAUUCUUGAAACUAUUGCUGCUGCAAACAUCACACUGUUGGUUUUAUCCUGUGUUAGUCCUACUCAGUAGAUCCAUUGGCAUUAGUGGACAUGACUAACUUAGGUCCAUUAAGUUCAGUGGAUCCUACUCUGAGCAAAAUGGAGUUAGCCCUGUGUUACUUCAUGGGCUCACACAUUUUGAUUGGCUUUGUUGGCCAGCUGUUGCUUGUAUUUGCCACCAACACCAUCCACUGACAUGCAGGGGGAACUUGAGGAAAGGUUGGGAUCUUGUGCCUGAACACACACUGAGACUGAGAAGCAGUGCAGCUUCUUGCUGCUUCCAAGGUCAACAGGUGAGCCCUCUCCCUUCGUCCCUCCAGGUGUUGCUGAAUGAACUACAGCUCCCAUCAGCCCCAAAAAGCAUGGCCAAUGGCCUGAGAUCAUAGAAAUUGUAAUUCAGCAACACCUGGAGGGUCAGAUAUUCCGGCUUUUAAGGCUUGCGCUACGCAGCAUUCCCAUCAGAUUUUGUAUUUUGUGUUUUUUAUAUUGUAAUUUUGUGCUGUGAACUGUGCAGUAUACAAAUUUAAUAAAUAAUAGUAAUAAUAAUCAGCCAGGGUUAGCGGCUUUCGGUUUUGGUUGCACAAGCGAUGCUGUGGCUUGCUCCCAGGGCUUGGAAAGUGCCUCCAGACCUUUCUGACACUUGUGCAGUGAGUUGGCCAGCUGCGCAGUUUCUAAACUGUGGCGUUGCUCUCAGGCCGUCCAGCCGGUUCUCUCACCACCGCCGCAAGAAGAGGAAAGAGACGGACGAUGGAUUGACGGAGGGUGGGCAGCAGAAACAGAGUGAGUAGAAACAUUGGGCUGCUCCAGCAAGACUCCUCCGAAAGAUGUGGUUGAUCACAGAGUUGGCCGAACCAGGAUGUGGGUGGAGCCUGUGAGAAGGCCACUCCUAUCCCCUCCUUGAAGCUGGCAGUCCUUGAAGCCAGUGCAGGCUAGCUUAUCUGAGCAAAUGGGGCACUGCCCCAUCAACCUCUUUCUGCUCUUAGCCAUCCCCUGCCUCCUUCCUUACAACUGGUAAGGUCAUGGCUUUGUGUGUCAUUGGCUCUGGCUCUACCUAUUGUUACCAACACUGGCAAUAAUAAUAAUAAUAAAUGGACAUGUCUUUAAGUUAACAUCUUACAUUAAAAACCUGACGAUACCAAAUUAUCGAAGGUUUUUCACCAAAGCCAGACUAAACGUCUUUCCUUCUGCAGUGUUGGAUGACAGGUUGAGAGGAGUUCCCUACCAGGACAGACUUUGCUCGUGUGCUCAAGACAUCGAUUCCAUAAAACAUAUUUUGCUGCACUGUGCGAAAUAUGAGCAAGCCAGGGCUGAACUGAUAUUACCCUUGCUGGAACCUUUCCCUGGAAAAUCAGAGGCUCACUAUGUCAGGUUCCUAUUGGAAGACCGGACAAACGCUAGAACAUUAGCAGUGGCGAAGUUUUUAAUCAGUGGUUGCAAGAACCAAUGAUUCCUGUCUUUAAGUCUGAACAAAAUGCUUGUUUAACCUGGAGGUAGGCUGUCUGAAUUGUGCAUUGCUUUGUAACGAUUUGUUGGGUCUCUGGACCGUAAUAAAGAUUGAUUGAUAAUAAAUGGAGCCCUUAGUGGCUUCCAUGUAACCCCAAGAACUGGAUGGCAUUUUUAAAGGGCUGCCUUGCAGAGCUGUGUCUUGCCGCCUUGUCCCCCGCAGACACCUAUGUCAUCAAGCUGUUUGACCGGAGCGUCGACCUGGCGCAGUUCUCUGAGAGCACCCCGCUGUACCCCAUCUGUCGGGCCUGGAUGCGGAACAGCCCCAUGGUCCGGGAGCAGGAGCGAUCUCCCAGCCCGAAUCUGCCUGUGCUACUGGAGGAUGAGGAGGUACUAAAUAAGAGGCCCUCGCUUAGGAAAGGGUGCGGCAGGGCCAGUCCUCUCAUUGGGCAGAGUGAGCCCUUUGCCACAGGUGGCAGACAAGGGGGAGGUAGCAGACUGGUAUUCCUUCCCCCAUCCGCUGCUGCCCAUCUUGGUUCAGUGUGGCCUGGCCUGGCAAAGGUGGCCCAGAAAACUCUUACAGCUUACUAUUACUUCAAAGGAUCUAGGAAUGCUUGUGCUACUACAGUGGUACCUCGGGUUAAGUACUUAAUUCGUUCCGGAGGUCCGUACUUAACCUGAAACUGUUCUUAACCUGAAGCACCACUUUAGCUAUUAGCUGCCACGCUGCCGGAACACAAUUUCUGUUCUCUUCCUGAAGCAAAGUUCUUAACCUGAAGCAAUAUUUCUGGGUUAGCGGAGUCUGUAACCUGAAGCGUAUGUAACCUGAAGAGUAUGUAACCCAAGGUACCACUGUACCACCUAAUCCAACAUCAAAAAAUAUUACCACAAAACUUCAGAGGGGAAGGGCUGGCUGUGGUCGGUCUGCGCUGACAUUGGGCAGAAUUCUACCCGGCUGCCAUGAAAACAAAGCUCACUCUUUUUGAUUAAUACUCUUUUGUGUGUACUGGCCAGGUUCAACAUGUUAGGCCGCACCUUGGCUCAGCAAGACCACACAAAUUUGCAGGCCUCCCAGAGAGGAGCUCACACAGCCGCUUUGCUUCUGAGUUUUAAAUAACCAAUAAUUUGCCACCUCACUCUGCCCAAUGAUGAGGCCAGCCCUGCAGUGUGGCAUAGUGGUUAGAGGUUUGGUCUUGGCUCCUGGCUCAGAGAUGGAAAGAAGAUAAAGUUCCAGCCAAAGAGGAAUGGCUGAUGAAGAUGAUGGGCUAUGCCGAAAUGGCAAAACUGACUGGGAAAAUCAGAAACCAGGAAGAGAAGAAUUUUAAGAAGGAAUGGGGAAAAUUAGAAUGUACUUAAGAGAACACUGUAAACAACUAAAAACUUUGGCAGGAUUUGAGUGGUGCAUGUAAUGUACAAGAAACUAUGGGAAAAUAGAUUAUUAUUCUUUUAACAAAUUAGAGAAAAUAAGAUAAGCACAUGAAGGGGGGAAAAGAUUGACAUUGGUAACCAUGGAAGGGCAGAGGGAAGUCAAGGGAUUCAGAGGAGUCUAAAUGAGGAGGUGAACGAUGUGUUUGAAUUUAAAUUUGUUAUGUAAAACUUAAUAAAAAUAUAUUUUUUAAAAGAGGCUUGGACUUGGACCCAGGCUCAAAUCCCUACUCAGCCCCCCACAGCACACAAUCGUUGCCUAACCUACCUCCCAGAUUACACUGUGAUCAGGAAAUUGGAACAUUCCCAUGUAUACUGCCUUAAGCUGGACAACGGGUGGUGUAUAAACAUAGGAAAUGAAUGGGGGGACUUUUCGGCUUGGCAAGUCCACAGGCAAAGAGAUACUGAACCUGUGCCUCUCUUCUUUCCCCGUGUUUUUGAUCCUAGGGCGCCGAAGGUCUGAAUGGGAAGAGCCAGGAUGUGUAUAAGCUGCCGCCUCCUGCUCCCUGCCACACAAAUGCCGCAGGGGAACCAGUAAACCUGCGUAUCCCGUCCCCGCUAGAGCCCGAAGACAAGGCAAAAGUAGCUGCUGACACGGUCAGAGCACCCUAAAGCAGGGAGGUGGGGGGAGAAAAGGAGUGUGGGAGCUCUGCUGAUUUGAAGCAAUUUAUAUUUAUAUUCAGGGACGCGGGUGGCGCUGUGGGUUAAACCACAGAGCCUAGGACUUGCCAAUCAGACGGGGUGAGCUCCUGUUGCUCGGUCCCUGCUCCUUGCCAACCUAGCAGUUCAAAAGCACAUCAAAGUACAAGUAGAUAAAUAGGUACCGCUCCGUCAGGAAGGUAAACGGCAUUUCCAUGCGCUGCUCUGGUUCGCCAGAAGCGGCAUAGUCAUACUGGCCACAUGACCCGGAAGCUGUACGCCGGCUCCCUUGGCCAAUAAAGCGAGAUGAGCGCCGCAACCCCAGAGUCGGCACAACUGGAUCUAAUGGUCAGGGGUCCCUUUACCUUUACCUAUAUUUAUAUUCAGUGCUUUUUUUCUGGGGGGAUGCAGGGGGACGCGUACCCCUAAACAUUUUGUGAAUCUAAGUUUGGCCUCUUUGAGGGGCAGUAUUUCAAUAUGAGUAGGAAAAUGAGAGUACCCCUAAACAUUUUUUUUAGGGGGAAAAGCACUGUUCAUAUUUAUAUCUUUUUAAGAAUAAUUUUUUAUUAACCGACCAAUCACAUCAAAUCAAACCAAAUUACAUAAAUUCCAAAUUACAGAGCCAAAUUUUAAAUUUUUGUUGGGGGUACCCAUAAUUCAAGUUCCGAAGGGAUCCAAUCAACUUCUUGCUUCUUACUGCUGUUUUAAUGUCCACAAAUCUAACCUUAUGAUGUUCACAGUACUAUCCAGUCCUUUCUUAUUAUUUUUCCACAUCUCUUGUUGUUAUUUUCAUAUAUUUUUCCUUUCUCUUUGUGACCUCUGAUAGUCUCCGCAAGCUGGUUAGAACAGUUUGUAAUCCUGUGUGGAUAUUUUUUUUAUCCAGUAGCCAUAUCCAGACGUUUUCCAUAUAACAUCACUUCCAUACAUCAAAACAGUCUUAGCAUCAUUAAUCUUCACCAAUCUGCCUCCUUUCUCAAAACGUCUGAGGAGAUUCACUAGGAAUGCAGUCUGAAAACAAAUCCGUUCUUCCUCCCGGCUGUAAAUCCUUUGGCAAGAUGGCGACUCCGAAUUAAUUGCUGCGCCAUUCCCAAAAGCUCUUAUUGCUUCUCGGUCUCCAUAAAGCAUACUUUUGGUUAAAGUUUAUCUCCACACAGACCUUAAUCAUCCUGCUUGGGUCAGUUCAACCGCCGGUUCUGAUGAGGAGGGGUUCUUGUAAAUCACAUAGAAGGAAAGUAAAAAAGGUUCCCCCCCCCCAUUCAGCCCCGUUGUCAACAUACCCCGCCUUUGGUGUAUCUUCAUCGUAAAAUAUUCCUGUUUCUCCAGCCCGUCGUCUUCUUUCGCAGAGGUCACUUAAAUUAGCAGACUUCACUCCCAUUCUUCACUUGAAAUAUGUGCAUUUGCUUCUUUUGUAGUUAAUUAUUCCAAAUUGCUGCAACUAGUGCGCGAUCAGAGACAGCGUCCAGGAGAGCCGAGGUCCACACGGGGGCAUUCUGCCUAGGGCCCUCACCCCCUUCUUUCAAAUUAGGGGGUGAUUUAUGGGCACAGCAGGCAAGGGCAGUGUUCCCCAUUUUCUUGGGGCAACAAGGGAGGCUGCCUACUCCCAUAACAGCCUCUUAAUUACCCCGUGUGGGUCGGAGAGAUGGUAUUGUCGGCCAUCUUUCAAUGCGCCCCCUAGUGGCCCCCCUUUAUAUCUUGCUCUUCCUCCUGCAGGAGCCAAGAGCAGCAAACACAUCCACAAUAAAACAGUUUAAAAACAUUCUAAAAACAUUUGAAGGAUCCAGGGAACUGUAGUGCUGAGAGCUGUCAGGAAACCCCAUUCCACUCACAGAGCUGCAAUUUCCAGGAAGAGGGUCUGACUGUGAAACCACUAUGUGAAUUGUAGCUCUGGGAGGGGAAUUGGGAGGGGGGUCUCCUGACACCUCCCAGCAUUAAAUCCCAGUUCCCAGGACUCUUUUGGGGGAAGUCGUGACUGUUUAAAGUGGCAUGAUACUGCUUUAAAUGAAUUGUGCAGAUGGGGGCCUCAGCUUCACCUGCUGCUAGCCAGCCACGAACUGCAAUUCACCACAGUGUUCCCUCAGUUUCUGGAAUACCUGGGAAAAUUUGUAAGAGCUUGCAGUUUGUUCUAAGCAAUAUUGAGUGCUGUUGGGUUUUAUUAUUGAGACUGGGACCUGAACUCUUCUUUCUCCUUAUCAUUGCACUAGUAUGACAUCUCAAAGUUGCAAGCUUCUUUUGAGCUAUGUGGGAAAGCUGAGUAUAAAUAACUACAAAAGCUGAACAACCAUCGACUAAUAGUUACUGAACUAGAAUUUUCUGGCAAGUUUGAUUCUGUUCACUAGGGGCUCUGUCAAGACCAGGGAUUUCCCGUAGUUCACAUUCUCUCUCUUCCCCUCCACCCUUUUUACAUGUGUGUAGAUAGAGUUGUCAACUGAGGGUGGCAUUUUAUCUGAAAUGGACGGCAGCCAAUACAGUGGUGCCCCGCAAGACGAAUGCCUCGCAAGACGGAAAAACCGCUAGACGAAAGGGUUUUCCGUUUUGAAGUUGCUUCGCAGGACGAAUUCCCCUAUGGGCUUGCUUCGCAAGACGAAAAUACCUUGCGAGUCUUGAGAUUUUUUUUCGCUUUUCCCCUUUAUCUAAGCAGCUAAGCCUUUAAUAGCCUUUAAUAGCCUUUUAGCAGCUAAUACCCAAAUACUUUAAGCCAUUAAUAGCCGCUAAACCGCUAAUAGCGCUAAUAGCGCUAAUACGUCAAUGGGCUUGCUUCGCAAGACGAAAAAACCGCUAGACGAAGACUCUCGCGGAACGGAUUAAUUUUGUCUUGCGAGGCACCACUGUAAACAUAUAGGAAGCCUUAUACCAACCGAAACAUUGAUCUCUGAAGCUUAGUAUUGUCUGCUACUGGUGGCAGCUGCACUCGCAUAAAUACACAAAUUUUACAUGUACAAAUAUUGAAUGUAUAGGCCAUUUUAAACAUUUCACUUCUUUUAACAAGUAAAGAUAAUUAUUUAAAGUCAACGGACUCUCAGCAUGUUGACUGUGAUUUCCGCAAGAAAAUAUAUCUGCAUUUUUAUUUUCUUCAGCUAAGGGGGUUACUGCAUCUUCAUUUCAUUUGCUUCUUGGCCUUUGGAUAGCUUUUGAGUUGAUUGGGUUAUUCUGCUUGCCAGGCCACUGUGUCAGCCCUACAGGGCUUUAGGCCAAGCAGAGUGCUGACGAAAUCCCUUCUCUCUCUCUCUCGCUCUCCCCCCAACUCCAGGCUUCUGAUGCUGUACCAUCAAUGUCCUCCCUCAUCUACAAGAACAUGGAGCGGUGGAAGAAGAUCAGGCAGAGGUAGGAUGCUGGGCUCUGGAAGCAAGGAGGAGGAGGGCAUGAGGCAGAGAACCUUUUGCAGCGGAGGCCAUUCCAUUAAGGCAGAUUGGGGCACUGCCCCGCAAACAGUGCCAGAUUCAUUUAUGACCAGUAUCCUUCAUUUAUGCCCAGUGUUUAGCACCCUUCCUUGGUAGAUCUCAAGGUGGUUCACAGCAUAAAAAUACUAGAUAAAAACGCAAAAUACAUAAUAAAAACAGGAAUGAAAUACAGUCAUACCUCAUUUUAUGUUUGCUUCAUGUUACGUUUUUCAGGUUGUGUUCCGCAGCAACCCAGAAGUACCGGAAAGGGUUACUUCCGGGUUUUGCCGCAUGCACAGAAGCACUAAAUCACGCUUCAUGCAUGCGCACAAGCAUCAAAGUGCGCCACGCGUCACACUCCUGCGCAGAUACGGUGCUUCAAGUUGCAGGCUUUUCAUGUUGCAAACGGGCCUCCGGAACGGAUCCGUUCGCAAUCAGAAGUACCACUGUAAACCCAUAACUGCCCCUCCCCAGCGCUCCCACAAACACAUUUUCAGUGAUAUAGGAUGUUAGCCAAAGGCCUGGCUGAAGAGGAAUGUUUUUGCAUGGUACCUAAAGGUGUAUAAUGAAGGUGCCAGGCAAUUUAGGGUGGUGCAAGCUUGUCUCCCACACAGGGCACCAAGCUGAAGGGAUGCCAAAUAACAACACCACCACCUACAUACGGGUAUAUAAAAAAUCAACUGUACCAAAAUGAAUUAUUGUGAAAAUAAGAAGGGGGGGGAUUUUGUCCUCCCUCAGGGCACCAUAUUACCAAAGCCACUGCCACUUCAGUCUGCCCUCAGCCCAGCCCCUGACCUGCCUCCCUCCUUACCUGUGGCCAGUCAAGGGAGUGGCCCUGGCUGUCAGCUUCCCAUUCUUUGAUUCCUGUAGAGCAGAAGAGCUUUCCAAACUCUGUGUCGUGACACGUUAGUGCUUCGGUUGCUGUGUGUAGGCGUGCUUGUGCGAACGCUCUUAUAAGGGGUUAGUUUAACCUCCGGCUUGCUAGUAAAACUGAAUUACCAUGUUGUGAAACGACGCAUGUCUAAAAAGUGUGUCGUUGACAUGAGAAGUUUGGGAAGCUCUGCCAUAGAGCUUAGCAGGGAGGAAGUCGGAGACGAAACUACAACUAGGUAGCCCCACCCACCAUAAGACUCUAGCGCCACCUACCAUUGGUCUCCCCGCCUUACACCCUACCAGCCUCAAGGGGCACCAGCGACUGCUGUUUGUGGGGAUCGUGGGAAACAAUUGAUCUGAGAGAGCCAUGGGUACAAAGAGAUGUACGGGGCUGUGUGGCUGACUUGUGGCCUCCGCUAUUCACAGGUGGAAAGAGGGAUCUCACAAGAACCAGCUGCGAUACUCGGAGAGCAUGAAGAUUCUGAAGGAGAUGUACGAGCGGCAGUGA